UCUGUGUGUUAGUGAACCGGCAACUGGCUUUCCUCGCGCUCUAGCCGUGUAUUGGUCUCUCCGGAAUCGAACGCCGAUAUUGUGAGCCACCACCAAACCGUGCUUGGUUCUUCUGAUUGAAAAAAGUAAAAAUUAUCACGGUCAAACGUUGCGGUUUAUCACUUUUUAGGCGGUUUUCACGUUCCGAAACCCCCGACAGCUUCAGUGCGAUUAUCGUGUACUGCAGGAACCAGCUUUGGCCGGCGCAAGGAUUCUAGACAUCUUCCGAGUGAAUUUGUGAUUUAGUAAAGAGAAAAAAAAACAUGGCAGAACCAAGCAAGGAAGAACUUCGCAAAGAAAUCGCCGUGAUCCUGAAGGAUGCCAACCUGGAGGAAACAGCGGCCAAGAAGGUGCGCCUUCAGCUGGAGACCAACCUGAACUGCGACCUGUCCGGCCGGAAGAAGGAAGUCGACGAUCUGGUAAUGGAGUACGUUAACGCCCAGGACGAGUCCGGCGAUGAGGAGGAGGAAGACGAGGAAGAAGAAGAGGAGGAGGAAAAGAAGCCGGCCAAGAAGAACGACAAAAAACCAGCCGGUAGACCGAAGAAGAAGGACAGCGAGGAUGAGGACGAGGAGGAGGAUGACGAAGAUGAGGAAGAGGACGCAUCGGAUGAGGAUGCCGGUAAGAAGAAGGGUAAGCGUGGUGCUCCUGGUAAACGAGGUGGAUCAGCUAAAAAGAAGAAGCGCGGAUCGGAUAGCGAGGAAGAUUCAGACGGAUCCGGAGAAUCGGAUGACGAUUACAAACCAAACAAGGGUCCUAAAGCAGGCGCGAAGAAGGUUGGCCGCAAGAAGAAGGGCGGUUCAGAUUCCGAUUCGGAUGACGACUGGAAACGGGCAAAGCCGGCGAAGAACAAGAAAGGCCCAGGCAGCGGUCGAAAGAGUACUGGUUUCACCAGACCGUACACACUGUCGCCGGAACUGGCCGCCAUAUGCGGUGCGGAAUCUCUGCCCCGGCAUGAGGUGGUCAAGAAGGUUUGGGCUAUCAUCAAGGAGCGCAAUCUGUACGACCCGAAGAACAAACAGUUCGCCAUCUGCGACUCUGAGCUGCAAAAGGUCAUCGGCGUUAAGCGGUUCCGCACGUUCGGCAUGCUCAAAUACUUAAAACCGCAUUUCCUGAACUAAUCGUAAGAUAAUAGUGACGCAGAAAAGUACGUACCAGUACCGUAUCAGCUUUUAGUUGUCUCCUAUCUAAAAUAACUUCCUAUUUACCUACUUACUGCAAAUACUAUACGAUAAAUGAUGUUCAAGGCAAGAAUGAAUAACAAAUUCUUAAGAUUUCGUUUCCUCCGUAUGCAAAACUAAUUAUGGAGACGAACAGAGGAAACCCGGUGCUUCUGUCCGGGAAUCCGACAGUUACUAUAAUGAACUACUAGUUGUGAAAAUUAGAAACGUAAUUUCAAGCAAGUAAACAUACAACACGGACAAAUAGGAAUUACUCUAACAUACACAGAAUUAUUUUUAUUCCAUCUUUCCCUUAAUUUCGACAAUUAAAUAGAUCGAAAAUGGGAUGAAAGUUUUAAUUUUUAUCAAAAUACACACACACACAAAACAAACUUUAAUGGUAGCAUUUAGAGAUGUAGAACACGAAAGUUCAUAUGAUUGUGGUAAGAGCAAAUGCAAAUUUCUACGAAUAAAGAGUAAAGUGUACUGAA